AACCCGGUUUAGAAACAAAAACUUAAAAAAAAACAAAAAAAAAAACCCUAACUCCUCCGCCUCCUAACUCCUCCAUUCUGUCUCCUCUGCCGCAUAGCCGCCACCACCUCUGCCUCAUAGCCGCCACCACCUCUGCCUUCGUGGGGGUGCGAGAUGCUGAGGAGAAGCUGCACUGUUGUUGCUUAUUCCUCUGCAUCGUCCUCUUCUCUCUGUCUCGGUCUGUUCUUCAUCUUCUCUCCUCUUCUUUACGAGAUGAAGAAGAUGCACCACUCGUUACGAGUCCGUCACCACCUCCGGUUCAUCAAGCCAGAUUUGUGAUGCCACCACUUCCGGUUCAUCAAGUUCGUCACACCGUCGUUCGUUACUCCACUUUCUCAGAUCUGAAAAACAACAUUAAUAAAUUUACAAACAGAUUUGAAUCUCACAGAUGGAUAUUGAUGCUUGCUAUGUCUGUGAAUUUUUCAUUAGUGGAUAAGAGAAGACGAGGAACAGAAUCGAGAAAGAUGAGAGAGGAGAAGAGGAGCAGACAAAGAACUCGUGAGGAUGAGAGGAGGCGACAGAGGAAGAGUGAAGAUGUCGUAGGGAGAAGGGAAACAAUAAAAAAUAAAAAUAAAAAUAGAAAAAGCUAAAAAA